AUUUAAAUAUAGAUUAAAUGAAUCGUCAAAAUAUUAAAGUUGUUGCUGUAGCUGAAGCAUUAGGCUUAUUAGAUCCACCAAAAGCAAAACGAAGGUAUUGGGUACACCCACUAAAUGCGGAUCGUGAAAAAAAUAGGCCAGUUUACGACAUUUUUUGAAAAUAUUAGACAAUAUCCUGAUAAAUUCUUCGAGUAUUACCGUAUGUGGAUUUCAAGUUUUGAUGAGUUGCUAAAAACUCUACGUCCACAUAUAACGAAAAAUACCACAGAAUUUCGUAAUCCGAUAUCUGCUGAGGAACGUCUAACAAUUACUUUAAGAUAUUUAUCAACCGGUACAUGCUUCGCUGUAUUAAAAUUUGAUUUUUGUGUGGGAAGAAUUACGAUUGGAGUGAUCGUAAAAGACACUUGUAAAGUUAUAUGGUCAACUUUAAAUUCAAAAGAGAUGCCUAAACCGACUAAAGAAGAUUGGGUGGAAAUAUCAAAUAUAUUAUAUACUAAAACAAAUUUUCCAAAUUGUCUAGGAGCAAUAGACAACAAACAUAUAAGGUGUAGAAAUCCUAACAACUCCGGUUCGUUCUACUUUAAUUAUAAGAAGUUUUUCUCUAUCGUUUUGAUGGCAAUAGUUGAUGCAAAUUUGAAUUUCGUUGUAAUCGAUGUCGGUUCAUAUGGUCGUGAAGGGGACUCCAAUGUGUUCAAGGAGUGUGCAUACUGCAUUUGGUAAACAAUUAUAUGAAGGUAAAUUGAACAUACCAGAACCAGAUACUUUACCAAAUACAAGUACCAACCCACAACCGUAUGUGUUUAUUGGAGAUGAAGCGUUUGCUUUACAUUCAAAUUUACUUAGACCGUACCCUGGACGUAACCUUACUGAUUCCCGAAGAGUGUUCAACUACCGAUUAUCUAGAGCAAGGCGCACAGUCGAAUGUGCAUUUGGAGUAGGUACUCGCGAAUAAAUGGCGUGUUUUACAUACGGCUAUCCAGGUGGAGCCAGAUUUUACGAACGAGAUUAUAAAAGCAUGUUGCAUACUGCACAACUUCGUUCGUAAAAGAGAUGGUAUAAACUAUGAAGAUUCUGAAACGCACAACUUAGAAGAUAUUGAAGCUCGUGGAACAGGGACUCGUUCGCAUGGAAUUGAAGUUAGGGAUUACUUUGCCAACUACUUUAUGGGCCCAGGAGUAGUAGAUUUUCAAUAUGACAUGAUUUGAUUUUUAAAUAAAAAUAUAAGUUCUAGAAUAAAAUUAUUUUUAA